CGCACCACUCUCCAAUAUGGGCAUUCCGCAAGCGUCUGCUAGUCGCAAGGAAUCGACAAAAACUCAAAAGAAACACAAGUCCUCCAAAUCUUCGACAACCGCCAAACCAACCUCCACCUCGCCCUUCACCACCCUCACAGCAUCCCUCUACGUCUCUCUAUCCCCGUGCGCCAACGCUUUUCCGCUCGAAGGCCUCUGCGCCGAACACCUCUCCCCGCACCUCAUGACCUACCACUCCUCCUUCAACGGCGUGGUGUUAUCCUACUCCAACCCACGAAUCUCCUCCUCACCCGAAGACCACCGACCCCAGGCAAAGACGGAAAAAGUGCUCGCGAGAUCCAUCGACGAAUACGCCGUCACAUUUCUUUGGCUCACCGCCGACUUCCUUGUCUUCCGGCCGGAACGAGGGAGUUUGCUGGAUGGCUUUGUCAAUUUGCAGAGCGAGAGUAUGCUCGGAUUGUUGUGUUACAAUUAUUUCAACGUGGCGAUUGCGAGGGAAGGAUUGCCGGAGGGGUGGAACUGGGAUGGGGAGAGCUGGAACGAUGCGGAAGGAAAUCCAGUGGGAGAGGGGAGGAAAGUGAAAUGCAAGGUUGAGGACUUCGUGGCGAGUGGAGGGGAGGGAUUGUCGAUUAGUGCGACGCUUGUGGAUGGGUGA